AUGGAGUCUGCAAAUCUCCAUCACCACCAUCGCCAGCUUCAAGUUGUUGCCUCUUCCAGUUCUUCUUCUUCUUCCUCCUCUUCUCCGCCCAAUCCUUCCGCCGCCGCUGCCGCCACCACCGCCUCAACGAAUUACUAUGGAGCCGCUCCAACAACAGGUCCUGGCUGGACCCAAAACUUUACUUUCGAUGGAGGUUCGGUAAACCCUAGCAGGCUGAUGAUAAACAACAACCACCACCACCACAACCACGACUUGAGCUUCCAGUGGAACACCAACUCCGGCUGCUUCACCUCCAUCAAGGACGUCGUGGACUCGUCGACGUCCCUCUCGUCUUCCACGACGUCGUCCGACCCUUUCCCUAGGUUCACGGACAUGCUGAUCAGCUCCCCUUCCCCUUCCUCCGAAACCUCCUCCUCCACCGCCAACGAUCUCAGCGAGAAGCUCCUCCUCAAGACCAUCUCCGCGGGCUUCCCCGCCUACAACUACCACGGAGGAGGAGUGAUGCCGUUAAUUAACAAUUCAUCAAGUUUUGGUUCGAAUCAUAACUACUUUAUGCUGCCGGCGGCGAGAGUUGGCGGGAGUGGGAGUGCUACUACGACGACGAGUAGCUUCAUUUAUCCUAGCAUCAACGUGUCCAGCCUCAGCCUGCAAACGGCGCCGUUGGAUAUGAACAUGCAAGCCCUGGAUCUCCGGACUUCCUCCUCCAAUCACAGUCUGAUGGGAUCGGUUAUGAGGGUUGAUCAUCAUCAUCCUAAUUAUGGUUCAGUUGACGAUAAUCAUCGUCAUCAUCAGGAGAAUCUAAUGAUGCGCCAAUAUUGCAGCCCUAGCAAUAAUACCAAGGUGUCCUCUGGGAGCUCAUCCACGGCGUCGUUUAACAGGGAAACGGCAACGAAGAGUGCACCGCCAACGACGGAGGCGAAGAGAAGCAGCAGCGGGUCGUCGACGAAUGAUGCGACGGCGGGAAAGUCCACGUCGACGCAGCAGCAGGAAAGUAGUGGAGGAGCCAAUAAGAAGUCGAGAUUGGACCAGCCGCGUGCCUCUUGCCCUCCCUUUAAGGUAAGGAAAGAGAAGCUGGGUGAUAGAAUCGCGGCCUUGCAGCAGAUGGUUGCCCCUUUUGGCAAGACGGACACAGCGUCGGUGUUAAUGGAAGCUAUUGGAUACAUCAAGUUCCUUCAAAACCAAGUUGAGACUUUAAGCGUCCCGUACAUGAAGCCGGCUCGCAACAAGCCCAACAGGCCCAUGCAUUUCCAAACGGGAGAGGUAGUUGGAAAUGGAGAGCCGACGAGUCGAGACCUAAGAAGCCGAGGCCUAUGCCUCGUUCCGCUGUCCUGCAUGUCCUACGUGGCCAGCAUCGACGGUGGAAGCAUCGCCGGAGCCAUGUGGCCGCCGCCGCCUCCUAAUUUCGGCGGCGGGACAUUUAAUUAA